AUGGCUGCUCUCCAGCAAGGGGGGGGGCCCCCUCGUGCGCGACCUUCUGCCCCAGGGGGCCCCCCUAAGUCUCCUGGCGUGCAGGAGGCGCAGAGACUUCCCGCAAAAAAGAACGCGGGAGAGUCUUUUGCGGAGAGCAACUCCCCCUCCGUCGCAGGAGCUUCUCUAGGGGAUCUCUCCGCAGGAGAAGGCAUUUCCAGCAGCUGCUGCCGCUAUCUUCGGGUGUCUUUGAGUCGCAUUCUGAAGAUAAUUCCAGCAGGUCGUAAGGGGCGAGCCUUGAGGGAGGCAGUGCUGGCGGCGGAUGCUCUCGCCGUCAGCGAAGACUCUGCGGGAGCGGGAGCAGGAGCUGCAGACAGACAGACCCCUCCAAAGAUGGCUUCUGCAGAGACAGGCAGAGCGCAGGAAGCCACGAAAAAUGCCACCUCUGUGGAGUCGCUCACAGAACGAAUAUGUUCGCUAGCUACGGCAGCCGAUGAGGCAGUAGUUUUGCAAGUUGUGCGGUGUCUGUUGACUGCACUCACUGCGGCGAGACUCCCCCUGCAUGGAGGGACCCUCCUGGAAGCUUUUGCUACCCUUUUCUCCGUAUGCGUAUCCUCGUCUGCCGAGGAAAACAGACGGACUGCUCACGCAGCGUUGCUGCAAGCGAUUUCUGGCCUUGUUCUCCGAGCAGAAGCAGCAGCAGAAGCAGCAGCAGAUUCUGUGCAAGAUGCAGCAGUCGAACUGCCAGCGUCGCUCGCUAUGGCCUCUAGUACACCUUGUUUUGAGAAGCGUGAGAGCGGCUGCGAAGAGGCUGCAGCAGGUGAUGAAAUUAGGGAAUUCGCUUCUGCAGAAGCGGCUACAGGAAUUAGGAAUGCAUACACCUCAGGAGGAGUGGCAGCAGCAGCAGCAGCAGCAGCCCACUGUGCAGACAGCUGUUCGUCGAGCUUGACACCAUGCGCAAGCUCCCAGCCGUGCAGCCAUAGAAGCAGCCGCAGUAGGAGAAACAGCAGCAGCGCAUGCACCAGCAGCUCCUCGACCCCAGUGGUGUGUCGUGAGAUGCGCGACUUGCUCGUAACUUUGCAAGCAUUCUGCCGCAUUGUUGAUGGGCAAGGCUCGCUUUGCAGUCGUCUAGGAGACACCGAAGGAGCUUUAUUGGGGGGUUUGGAGGGAUCCUCUGCGAGAAAAAGCAGGCGUCUUGCCUUGGAAAUGAUCCAUGCUGUUGCUCAGAGUAUGUCGAAGCGUCUAUGGAGGAGUUCUCCGCUCGUUUUGCUCGUUCGCCAGCAAAUGUUUCCAGCGUUGAGCCGCUGUAUCAGCAAUCCUGCUAUGUGUCGUAUUGCUCUGCAGACGGUUUGUUGCGCAGCAGAGGCAGCAGAAACUUGGCAUUCCCCUGCAGAACGGAGACGUUCGGGGGGAGAGACGUCAGAGGCGGCUGUCAACGAAGGCAGUGCCUCCUCAGAUCCUAAGGAGUACGAAGAAUUCGCGCUCGAGUCGUCUCUGACACCUGAGCACCCAACGGACCCACAUCACGACGCGCAUCAGCAGCAGUAUCAGCAGAUGGCGCCGCCGUCGAGAUCUUUGGGGAGUGGAGGAAGUACAAGACUGAGUGCCUUGGAAGUGCAGCAGCGAAGAGAGCUGAAGCUUCAGCUGCGUGGUGCGGUUGCUUUGUUCAAUAAGAAGCCAACAGAGGGCAUUGCUAAGCUCCUCGCUCUGCAGGGGUUCUCCGUGAGUUGCUUUCGCCAUCCAGCUUUUUUGCCUGCCAGACACUGUGGCAGAUUUGCGUAUCGCCUCUCCCUGAGCGCUCACGCUUCUGGCGAAGCAGCGAUUUUUUCAGAGAGCAGCGUAAAUGAGGGGGAGGGGUCUCUGAGAG